AAUAAUGCAUGGCAACCAACAAGUUUCUCUUCUCAAGUCUUGUUAGAUCAACUGCCGUGUUACGUAAGGAGAUGGGUGCUGAGCCAGCUACCUUGGAUGUUAUCAGAUGACGCUGCAAGCACUCGUCCAACCAGAGCUGUUGGGCUGUGGAAAGAGGAUCGAUUCGGAUUCAAGAACAGACAGUGUACUUGUUUUCCAUUUGUGAUUAGGUGUUCUUACAAGUAGUGUCACUGCUCAACCUCAAUACAUUAUGGGUCUCUAUCGGCAAUUGUUCUGGAAAGCCUUGGAAUAUGGCCUUCUUCCGGAUUAUCUAUUGAGAUAUAAGAUCCAUGGCGCUUUAGCGGGCGAGAUUGCAGAGCUUGGUGCGGGCGGAGUGGAAGCUCAAUCCCAACGAAUGAGGAAGUUCUUGGAAGACAUUCGAUCUAUGCCUAUUGCCAUCAACCAAGCGGAUGCUAAUAAACAACAUUAUGAGGUUCCACCGGAAUUUUAUCGCAUUGCUCUUGGGCCCAGGAUGAAAUAUUCCAGUUGUUAUUUCCCCGAAGGCAACGAAACCUUAGGCGAGGCGGAAAACAAAAUGUUUGAGCUUUAUUGCGAACGAGCUCAACUUAAAGAUGGCAUGACCAUGCUCGAUUUGGGUUGUGGAUGGGGAAGUUUGACCUUGUAUCUGGCCGAAAAGUUCCCCAAUUCCCAAAUCUUCGCCUUGAGUAAUUCAACUGGACAAAAGACUUAUAUCCACGAAGAGGCCCAAAGUCGUGGAUUCAAAAAUGUAGAUGUUUACGUUGGCGAUAUUUCGGUAUUUCAGCGUGAGGACUUUGGCAAUAAGUUAGACAGAGUCUUAUCCAUUGAGAUGUUUGAGCAUAUGAAAAACUACGAAAAGUUGCUGCAGAAGAUCGCGGGUUGGCUCAAGCCGGAGGGAAAGCUAUUCGUUCAUAUUUUCACCCACAAGAUAUUUGCCUAUCAUUUCACCAAAGGGUGGAUGGCCAAAACUUUCUUUACCGGAGGCACAAUGCCUAGUCACGAGUUAUUGGUCCAUUUUCAAGACCAUGUCAAAUUGGAGGACAUCUGGAAGGUCAAUGGCGUACAUUACGCCAAAACAUUGGACGCAUGGUUGGAGAAGUUAGACCGAAACCAGGACAUCUUGAGACCAAUAAUUGAAUCGACAUACGGGCAAGACAACUACGUCAAAUGGUACAUCGGUUGGAGGAUGUUCUUUGUCAUUUGCUCGGAAACGUUUGCUUUCGAUCAAGGAAAUGAGUGGAAUGUUUCGCAUUAUUUGUUUGCCAAAAGGCAGUUAAACAAGCAAUAAUAAGAUAGAUUUUAAGCAAACCUUA